CGACGCUCCCCCUCCCCCCCCACCCGGCCCUCCUCUCGCACACCCUCUCCCCCGCCGCGGUCGCGAAAUGCCACGUGUCGGACCUGUGGAACGCCCGCUUCCUCGUGCCCGCCCACGACGCCCUCGUCGCGAUCGACCACUACCCCGCCAGGCUCCUCGAGGUCGUCGGCUGGGUCGCAGGCGUCGACCGCAAAGAGUCCUCCAUGACCGUAUACCUCGACGACGGUGACGGCAAACACACCAUCGCCGUCACAGCCCGCCUCCAAGCCUCCGCCCUCGCCCCCUCCAAGCCCCAGAUACCGCCUCUCGAAACGGUCAAGGCCCACCUCGGCUGGUCCUCGUCCUCGUCGCUCACCGCCAAGCAAGUGUCAGAGCUCAAGCGGAAACAAUGGGAGAUGUUCACACAGGACCAGGCCAAGUACGAGGCACAGCGCAGAAGCGAGGGGAAACCCGCCGUGGAAGGGUACGAUGUAAGGGUGGGCGAUACCCUCCGCGCCGUGGGCGUGCUCGAAGAGUGGAGCUGGAAAGAAGGAGUCAUCAGACAGAUGGUGGUAUCCCCCAGUACCGGGGGGUCUAUACAGGUGGUCGCCCCUGAAGAACAAUACAUCCAUGCCCAGCAAGUCGACCAUCUCCACAAAACACUCUACUCCCGUCCUUUCGAAAUGCCAAACGCAAAACCACCCGCCAAAACAUCUACCUCUCUGCGCAACCCCACCGCCAACUCUAGCAAUGUACAAGAUGUACAAGACGCCGAGCCUCCCAGCUCACCGGGCUGGCAUCCAAAGAGUGAUUCCACUGUCCUCACGCUUGACGAUUCCGUCUCUGAUUCCAGGCUCGCGUCUCCCUCUCGGUCAACGUCUUGGCCCGCUCUCGUUCUCGGCAACUCUCCAAAACCCAAACUGCGACACCCCUCCCGCCUCCCGCCCGCCUCUCUCACCCGCCCCACUUUCAGACGCUACAUCCUUCACACCGUUAUUUCCCACGUCGAAGCUGCUUUACAAGUGUUGCUCACUCCCGAGGACGAGGGGGCCGAUAAUUCCCGAGAGGGCCAUGGCUCCGACAAGGGGGAUGGAGGCCAUGGCGAUGAGGAAAAAAAGGAAAAGGGAAAAGAAGGAAUCGAACGAUUUCGUAAAGCACUUGGAUACUACUUUCCCGAAUACCGCGAAUUAAACCAAACGCUCCAACGAGACCAGCCCCGUCCGCGCCCCCGCCGAGGAAAAAGACCACGAACGGCCAAGGAAACUGUCGGUCCCCUCAUCCCAUUCACACCAGCCUCCCUGCUCGCGGACCCUACAUUAAGCCUGUUGGGCGGGCUGGUUCUGGAGCGGGAAGCGCGUGCGAGGGUAAAAGGGCUGAAGAAGGAAAUCGACUCUCAUUCCCCACCCCCACCCAUCCAAAACGAAUACACCUCCCGCCGCCGUCUCUACAAACAAACAUCCUCCUUCCUUACCCCUUCCGAAAAAGAACGCGGACUCCGGGGGAUGGUCACCACAGCGCUCAGGGAGAUGGCCGAGGCAGGCGAGAUUGUGCAAGUCCGGCUCGAGACCGCUUUCACGCCGUUCCUCGACGCCCGGGCGACGCAUCCCGACAACAACACGACGGAUACAUCCGCCUACCUCCCCCUCCCACCGCCACUCUUAUUCCCCCUCCUCGUUCCCCUUCUCCUCUCCCUCCAAUCCCAAUCCCAAUCCCAAUCCCAAUCCCUACACAAACACCGCGGAAGACUCGCCACACCCAUCCCCACCAUCAAGCUCACCAACACCCUGACUCAGUGGGGGAAAGACGGCCGCUGGGAACGGACGACGUUGGAAAUCGUUCAAGCUGGGAUGCACUGGGCCCAAGAACGGGGUUGGGUGGAUAAGAGGGAGGGUGGGUGGGUGUUGCAGGAAGGGUAUGAUUGGGUUUGACCUUGGACUAGGCAUGAUUUGUAAAUGCAAGCAUCUAAUACGCGGACUCUUGUCCCGUCGCCCAUCAGCACUGUCAGGAUUUGUAUGAGACCGAUUUGCUCGACUGCCCAUGUAUUGUAGGAUAGAUAAUCAAGCGAGAUGAUAAAUGAUAC